GAUCUGAGGCCGAGUUACAAGCAACAUAUACGCAUAAUGUUGCCCAAGAGUCAAGUUUUGGGUGUGGUCUGCCUUCUGCUGGUCGUACUGCUGGGGGAUCACACCGCAGUAGCUCAAAAUGAUGUUGUAAAGGCCUGCAAUUUGAGCACAAGUAUUGCCUUGGAUUUGGAUAAGUUUGCUGGCAUUUGGUGGGAGGUUGCCCGUCUGCCAUCCACCACUUAUUUCUGCACUGAAGUGAAUAUUACCGUCUUGGAUAAGCCCAAAGAUAAUGUUUUAAUCGCCACGACCUAUGGCGUAUCGCCGGACUAUCCGUGGGUCAAUCAAACGAUGAACGCCACCCUGACAGUGGCGAACUUUACAGAGGAACAAGAUGGCUACAAUUUUACGUACUGGAAUCCACCCAACUACUCGCCGUACACCUUGUUCAAGGUGCUGAAUACCGAUUACACGGACUUUGCCUUCAUCUGCGGCUACACCAAUGCCACGGAUAAUGGGACAUCGUUUGGUUUGGUCCUCACCCGAGAUCGUACACCCAGCACCGAUACAUUGAACCAACUCGAGGGCAAUGCGUCAGCCAAUUUUCCCUUCAACUUCCUAAACGGCAGCAUGUCCGCGAUCACUCAGGGCGCAACUUGCUAUGCCCCCAGCAGUGCCAAUCCCCUGACGAUGAUCUCCGUUUUCCUGUUGGCUGUGACUGGACUUUUGUGUCUACUGGAGGCUCGUCAUUAAAUCUUAUUUGAAUUGUGGGUUUGUUCAAGUGAAAAGCUAGUAGAUUAUAAGUGAUUGAAGCGUUGUUCAACACUUUUCGGGCAAUAAAGAACAGCAGAGGGAGUGUGUGUUUUCGCA